AUGAUUAAGUUUUGGAAAAGCGCAGCGAAGGGGAAAACUGGCUGUCCAGUGCGACCGCCUGAAACUCUCUGUUCUCAAAACUUACCAUUUUCUUUGCUGGACACAAACCUUCAUGAAAAUUACGACGAUAUUUCUAAUAUUUUUGAAAAAAAAUCCAAAUUGUCAAUAAGUUUACAUGACAUACUAAUUGAAAAAACAGCAAUCAAUUAUUUUAUGAUGUACAUGGAAGGUAUUGGGAAACAAUACCUUUUAAAAUGUUGGCUAGAAUUAGAAAAAUUUAAGAUAGAAGCGUCAAAUAUCAAUACUAAUAAUGAAGAAAAACAUCCAAAAAUUAGUCAUACGAAAAGCCUAGAUAACCAUCCAAAUGAUAAUGAGCUUGAAAAGAAUUGUGAUAACUUUUUGUUACAAAAAUUUGGUUGGAAGAUGAGCACUACCAAUUUAAGAAAAACUAAAAGUGAGUGCUCUACUAGUUCUUGUGUAGAUUUAAGAGAUACAUUAGAAAGUGAUUACCAACUUAGAAAUGAAAAUAUUAAUAAGUUCACAGAUGUCACUGAGAGAGCUAUAAGCUUGUUUAAAAAGUAUGUAGCCUUAGAAGCUCCUGUUCAAUUAGAUUUAACAGAUGCAGUAAGAAAAUUAGUUAUAUCAAACAUAUGUCAACCAGAAGGUGUAAAAGAAGAUUGUUUCAAACCAGUCUUGGAUUUAUUGUAUCAACAGAUUGAUAAAAAUUUCUUUAGUGCAUUUCAAAAUAGCCCUCUUUAUAUUAAAUCACAAAUAGAUAUAUUAACAAGUGGCAGCAUUAAUCUCAAGGACAUUCUUUACAAUGAUUCUAUUUUAUUCUAUUUUACAGAAUUCUUAGAACAAGAGUCAUGUAGUAAUUUACUCGAAUUUUUAAUAGCUGUGAUGCAUUUUAGAGAAAACACAAUGAAUGGCAACACAUCUUCCCUUGAACCUGCUCAAGGGGAUGCCAUUAUCCUUUAUGAUAAAUAUUUUUCCCUUCAAGCGACAAACCCUAUUGGUUUCCCGACAGACAUCCGUUUGAAGGUUGAAAGUGAUAUUUGCAGUGAAAUUGAUUUAAUAUAUGCAUGUUUUGACACACCUUAUAAAAUUGUAUAUAGAACUCUUGAUAAAUACGUAAAAACAUUCUUAGGGUCUGAAUUAUAUUAUACUUACUUGUCAGAAAUGAUUAAAUCAGUUGACCAAUUGUGGUCCCCCAACUGCAAAUCACAGUCUGAUUGCAGUAGUGAAUUUAGUAUAAGUACUCGAAAUACUCUAUUAGCAAUGGGCGAUUCUCAUUUUCGUAAAAAGCGCAACCAUUCCGUACCUGACAUGACAAUUGACUCUAAUCAACUGUAUAAUGCUGAUUCAUUGUGGCAAAGAAAAAAACACGACGGUUUGAGUCUAGGUAGAAUUAAUAGCUUGGGAAGGUUUGAAUCAAAAUUUGAACCUGACCCGGAUAAAAGAGACAAGUCAGUGCUUAAAAAAAUGGUAAGUAAAUUUGUGCCAACAAACACAUCUAAAGUAGAAGAGGAAAUGGCUUGGCAGAUAGCUCAUAUGAUUGUGAAAGAUGUCACCGAUUUAACUAUGGCUCCACCGGAAAAUGAAAAUUAUCAUAUA